ACGAACGCGUAUCUGAUACAUGUCAUCGCUGUUACUGUGUUAGGAGUCGAUUUACUAGCGUUACAUUUAAAUUAACAAAUACUUAAAACAGAAAUGAAAGAGCGACGAGUGAGAGUUCAAUUACAACAGAAAGAGUAAUAUUAUUUGCGAAAUAAAUAAUUUUAAGCGCUACGUUUUUGAGAACUUUUAAACCGCUACUGAAACAGUUAUAGACAUGAUUUAUUUUUUGAAAAUUGUAAUGUUUAGUGAUUUGACUCACAGAAAUCUGUUUCUUGUAGAGUAUAAAGUUGCGCAAACGGAAUGAAGCUGCAUAACACAUGAAUUAAAUAGUGUUGACAUUGCGUGAUUUGAACCUGUUUUUAACUGCAGCGAUAAAGCGAUGGUCAUGACAUGGAUUCAAUUAAAAUUGUAGUCAGUGUUGAAUGAUUUAUGUGAUGCAGACCUACGAGAUAAUUGAAUCACAAGAACACUUUAUCUUCGUUGGUUUACAUUAAUGUAUGUUAACGCAAAUAAAAAGACUUGCCUCUUGACAAAAUUACUUUAUUAUUUAAUUUAGCCUUGUAAAUACGUAUUUUAAUAUAAGGUUAAUAUGUUCAAUGAGCAUUGGCUGCCAUUCUUAAGACACUAUGCGUUGAUAAUGAUUUAAAGUGUUCAAUAUGUGUAAAAUUAACUGUGAACACAUGCAUUAAUUGUUAGACGUGUUUAAUUAAGUGUGGUGUAGCAUCAAGAAAGAACACCGAAUUCCCUGACAUAGCUAGGUUAUGGAUGAUGGUAACGGCUAGUUUACAGUGAAAAUCAUGAAUGAACGUAUUGGAAUAAUUCUUACACUGGCGCUUGCCCUGAGUACCUCUGCUGAGUGGUCCGAGUGGGGAUUGUACGGCGAGUGUUCGCGUCCAUGCGGAGGCGGUCUCUCUAACCGUACGCGCACGUGCCUCGGCGACUCAAACACGUGCGAUGGAACUAACAUCCGCUUCAAGACCUGCAACAAACAGGACUGUAUGAAUGGGGAGGCCAGAACCCUACGCGAGCUCCAGUGCCAGUCCUACAACAACGUGUCUUUGAAGGAGAACCUCUUCCACUGGCGGCCUCACUACGACUCCAGGAAUCCAUGUGCGCUCUACUGCGAGACCGUCGAGACGGGAUUCGUGCUCAAGAUGCAACAGCACGCUAUGAACGGCACUUCCUGUGGCGACCGGGGCAGCGGUGUCUGCAUUUAUGGCACAUGCAAGGCGGUUGGUUGUGAUGACAUUGUCGGGUCAAAGCGUGAGGUAGACAGAUGUGGCGUUUGCGGAGGUGACGGCGAGUCAUGUGACCAGUCAUUGCCACGCGACCACAUCAGGCGACACGCGCAUCCGACCGGCAUAGCGGAAAUAGCGCGCUGGGAUGUCCGAUGGGGCGCUUGUUCGAAAUCAUGUGGGGAUGGCGUUCAAAGUUCUUCCGUCGUCUGCUGGAGUCGUUCAAACAAUUCGGAGGUGUUGGAAACAUAUUGCGGUCAUAUGCCAAAACCAGUGACUCCACCUACUCGCCCAUGCGCAAACAACGUUUCUUGUUAUUUCAGAUGGCACGCCUUCAAAUGGGGAUCUUGCAGCCGAACAUGCGGAGAGGGGCUUAGAUACAGACGAGUUAUGUGUUUGAAACAACAGACUAGCGGAAAGCCGAAACACGUGCCAGACCGGAAAUGUGCUGACGUAAAACCCAGCAUGAACGCGCAGUGCAAUAUGGGUGAUUGCCCCGAAUGGCUUACCGGGCCAUGGUCACCCUGUUCAGUGUCGUGUGGAUUUGGCGAACAGAAGAGAAAAGUCGUCUGCCGCGCGAAAUCAGUCGACAGCUGUGAGAGCGCGCAUAAACCGGAAACAGAACAGAAGUGUUACGCGGGAAAAUCGUGCGAAGGUUAUGACAUAGAGGAGAGAGAAGGAGAGGGAACGUUUAUUCAAAAAGAUGAUUCUUCUGUGACCAAACACGACUUCUUUGAUGACGAACGCUUGCAGGAAUUAUUCGUAUUCGCUGAGUUCAAAGUCACCGAAUGGGGAGCGUGCAGCGUGACCUGUGGGGUCGGCUACCAGCAUAGAAAUGUCACAUGUCACAAGGGAGACAACCCAGUUCCGGUAACAGAAUGUAAAGGCCAAGAGCAGCCGCACAUCAAGCGGGAAUGUCACAACAAGGCCUGCUUGAGCGACGUAACCACGGCGACAUCGUUGAUGUGGAAACACGGACCUUUCAAGCCUUGUAGCCAAACAUGCGGAGGAGGUACCCAGUCAAGUCUAGUGGAUUGCGUGGACCAGAGAACCAACCGCACUGUUCUGGACUUGCUGUGUGGCGAGCAGCUCAAGCCGCCGCCCGAUACCCGGUCCUGCAACCGGAUAGAGUGCCCGCCAGAAUGGAAGGUUAGCGAGUAUGGUGAUUGCUCGGUGCCGUGUGGUGGCGGGAAGCAGUCCCGUGAGGUCGAUUGUGUGCUCACGACCUCUUACGGCGGCCUCAAGGCGGUUCCGGCGUACCGCUGCCCGGACCCGGUGCCGCUAUCCGAGCGCUCGUGCAACCUGCAGUUCUGUCAGGCGGAAUGGGGCACGGGAAAUUGGGGCGAGUGCAGUGUAACAUGCGGUCUCGGAGUGGAGCAACGCUCGGUGUUCUGCUUCAAGGUUUUCAAGGACGGUCUGCACGUAAACGUCAGUGACGUCGAGUGUCUUGGACUCCGGCCGCCCACUUUACGUCAAUGUCACUUCGGCGAGUGCUAUCAGCUGCAACAGCUUCCGCUUAUACAGGAGCAAAAGGGGACAUUUAUUCAAAUCAAGCGAACGAAGAGGAUACAAUUGUUCGUUGGUGAAACUGCCAUUCUUUUACCCAACCAAGCCGUGAAAAUUCAAUGUCCGGUGAAGAAUUUCCAGAGGCGGUUGAUCUUCUGGACAAAAAAUCGCAGACUUAUACCGCUAGUUGGGCGGGUGAGGGUUUCCUCGAACGGAGCCCUCCGAAUAACACGUGCUAACCCGCAAACUGACGCCGGGAUUUAUACGUGCAGUGCUGGUACAUUGCACGGCCAAAUUACAGUGACUUUCCAGUCGAAAGCAGAAGCAAAUGCUCAAGCAAAAGAAAUAUUAAAUAACAUUUUAAUUGAAAACUUUAACGAGAGUUUUAUAAACAGACCUCAAUCAGAUAGUACUUUCAAAAUGAGAAACACGGAAUUUUUCAAAGUUAAUUCAAUAAACGAAGAUAGUGGGUACGACUAUUCUAGUUUUACAAUGACCAACUGGUCGGAGUGUUCCGCAAAGUGCGGGUGGGGAACGCAGACGAGAGUGGUCACGUGCAAUCACGUGACUGAUAAGUUCAUACGUCUGUUACCGGAAGAGGAAUGUCUUAAAAUGGGACUUAGCAGGCCCACUUCUUCCCGGAAGUGCGUCAUUGAGGAGGAGUGUCCGUCGUGGGUGGUUACGGGUUGGUCAGAGUGUUCUGUGGACAACUGUCGUAAAGACGGCUUUGCUCUUCACAGACGAUCUGUUAAUUGUCAGUUUAAAAACGGAAGUGACGUAGAUGACGUGAAAUGUCUAAAAGGCGGCGCCGGGGUGCGUCCAGAUAAUAAAGAGCUUUGUAAGAAUAUCGACUGCAAAGCUGUUUGGAAAACGUCAGAAUGGUCAGAGUGCUCCCCAGAGUGUGGUACUGAAGGCAUGAAGCAUCGAACCCUAAUGUGCGUGUGGGGAACGACCGGCACACCCGCGCAGUUUAUAUGCGAUGGCAAACCACGCCCCUCCGUAUCAAAGAGUUGCAAACUUCAACCAUGUAGCUCUUAUGUCUGCAAAGACAGAUCCUCGCUCUGUGAGAAGUUUGUGCGUCUGAACAUGUGCCGUUACGUGGCGUUCCGCCGUAAGUGCUGCGCUUCGUGUAAGAAUUCUAACGUCAGCUGGUCGUAAGAUUUAUUCUGAUAUUGUGGAUCUGCGCGUCAGGACAUUACUUGCCUGUUUAAAUGAGAUAUCAUUGUGCUAAGUCCUUGUCACUUAGCGCGUACAGUUCACAACUCUGGUAUUACCAUUCGUAUCGUUGUUUUGGAGACGAGUGUUUUCUCACUAUGGACGACCAUAACGACAUAUUGCUAAUGACUUCAACAUUAUAAAAUGGUUAAAGCUUAAAUGUAUCCAGUGACCCGAUGCUGAAUACGCUGAACGCUCACGAUAUGUUGAUUAUGAGUAAAAUGCAUGUUGAUAAUGAGAACUGUUAAACCAUGUUCUUACUUUUGUUUUAUGUGCGCGAAGAUACUUUUUUUAUAAUUAAGAUCUUCAUCCGAAUACGGACACAUGAUGUGUUCGGAUAUAUGGAGCUGAAUGUGAAGAUGUGUAGAGUAGGGCAAUAUAUAAUAUAUCUGUCUCAUUCACCAGCCAAGCGGGUGGGACCUUUCGGUGGCUUAACCACCCGUACGACUUGAAUGUUCAUGAUUUGUUUGUAUACUGAUGUUAAUGAUCUAUUUGUUCACAAAUUUUCAUGUUCUUCUGUUCGCUAAUGUUCAUGGUGUUGUGUAUACGUAUGCUUAAUAUGUUCGUAAAUACAGAUUUAUUGCAUUUU